AAUGACCUCCGUCCCCGGCAAACCGGGAGCUCCCAAAGCGGUCCCCGCCCAACCGGCCCCGGUUAAAGAGAUCCCCGACAUCCUGAUCGACCCCAAGUGCCGGAGGCGCUACCUGAGGGGUCGCUUCUUGGGCAAAGGCGGUUUCGCCAAAUGCUACGAGAUCACGGACAUGAACACGAAGGAGGUGUUCGCCGGGAAGAUCGUGUCCAAGUCGCUGCUCAUGAAGCCUCACCAGAAGGAGAAGAUGUCCUUGGAGAUCUCCAUCCACAAGAGCCUGAACCACAGCAACGUGGUGGGCUUCCAUGGCUUCUUCGAGGACGAUGACUUUGUGUAUGUGGUGCUGGAGCUGUGCAGGAGACGGUCUCUGCUGGAACUGCACAAGAGGAGGAAGGCAGUGACUGAGCCCGAGGCUCGCUAUUACCUGAGACAGAUCAUCCAGGGCGGCCAGUACCUGCACAGCAACCAUGUCAUUCACCGCGACCUCAAACUCGGCAACUUGUUCCUCAACGACGAGAUGGAAGUGAAGAUAGGUGAUUUUGGCUUGGCCACCACUGUGCAGUACGAAGGCGAGCGCAAGAAGACCCUGUGCGGGACCCCCAACUAUAUCGCCCCGGAGGUGAUCGGCAAGAAAGGUCACAGCUUCGAGGUUGACGUGUGGUCCCUGGGCUGCAUCAUGUAUACGUUGCUUGUGGGCAAACCUCCAUUCGAGACGUCCUGUUUGAAGGAGACUUACCUGCGGAUAAAGAAGAACGAGUACAGUAUUCCCAAGCAUGUAAACCCGGUGGCGGCCACCCUGAUCCAGAAGAUGCUGCGCUCGGACCCCUCCACCCGGCCCAGCAUCCACGAGCUGCUGGAGGACGAGUUCUUCACCAGCGGAUACCUCCCUGUGCGGCUGCCCACCACCUGCCUGACCAUGGCUCCCCGCUUCUCCCUCGCCCCUGGCGGCAUUGACACUGGUAUCAGGAAACCCCUGACUGAGCUCAACAAAGAUGGCCAGCUGAGUGAACGGCCAUGUAAACCGGACGAUGAUGAUGCGGGAGCCAGGGACACGGAGCCCAACGACUUCUACUUAGGAGACCUGAUGCAGCAGCUGAACAGCGUCAUCAUGGCUAAACCAUCGGAGAAGGUCGUCAUCCACCAAGAGGAGGCUGAGGAUCCUGCCUGCAUCCCCAUCUUCUGGGUCAGUAAAUGGGUGGACUACUCUGACAAGUAUGGUUUGGGUUACCAGCUGUGUGACAACAGUGUGGGAGUUCUCUUCAACGACUCCACUCGGUUGAUCAUGUACAACGAUGGGGAAAGUCUUCAGUACAUAGAGAGCAACAUGAGUGAGAGCUACCUGAACUUCCGCUCCUAUCCGCCCAGCCUCAGCAAGAAGGCCACUUUGCUGAAGUAUUUCCGUAACUACAUGAGCGAGCACUUGCUGAAGGCGGGAGCGAACAUCACUCCGCGGGAAGGAGACGAGCUGGCUCGCUUGCCCUUUCUCCGCAUCUGGUUCCGGACGCGCAGCGCCAUCGUCCUGCACCUCAGCAACGGCACCGUCCAGAUCAACUUCUUCCAGGAUCACACUAAGAUCAUCCUGUGCCCGCUGAUGAACGCAGUAACCUACAUCAACGAGCGGCGGGAGUUCCACACCUUCAAGAUGAGCCUGAUCGAGGAGCACGGCUGCUGCAGGGAGCUGGCCAGCCGGCUGCGAUAUGCCAGGAGCAUGGUGGAGAAGCUGAUGGCCACAAAGUCGGGAUCUCUGCGGGGAAGGGUGCCGGUGUGAGGUGGGGUGUCAGCCGUGCUGGGCAAGCCCGUACAAACUGUUUACUGACUUUAAGCUGGGUGCAACAAGUGACUAGAGAGGGUUUCACCUAUGUACAUAAAGCUUUUUUUUGUAAUGUUGAAUUGUAUUAAUAAACAUUUUGAAAUUAUUAGCAGAACUAAAUAUUUGUUUAGAUAUUAUGUGAGGAUGAGGGGGAAGGAAGAGAGACUAUGUCUAUAUUUGAACCCUCCUCAUGAUGUGUGCAGGCAGGGCUGUGUAAAUAUAGGCUGCUGUACAGUGUGCUCUGUUAACCUCUUUACACUUGUUGACCUGAUGAAUUGGGGAAUAUGAACACUCUUGUAUAAUCUUUAUUUCUACACUUUCCAACUGAGAAUUUUGUAACCUGAAGCUGCUGUUGUGCAGGUACUUUUGUCUACUCUAGUUCCCAUCACUAUGUUGGUUGAAAAAGCAGCCUGGUGGUACCUUGGUGUGAGUGGAGUUUUGCAAGAAUAAACUCACAAAGGUUUGGGUUUAACCCAUGUUGGCUUCCAGUUACUGAUCUGAUGUUAACAAAGCUGGAGAUUGUAUUUCUUUUUACCCUUUUCUGCUUGUUUCCUGAACCUCUAUCUCACUGCUUGUGGCCAAUUGAAUUUGGUGAUUUCUUUUUUUUAAAAAAAAUGUGCCUCCUUCAAAAUGUAUUCCUGUUUAUAUUAAAAAUAAAAUCUUCAUAAAUAUCA